GCGAUUCUUUUAAGUCGGAUGUUUUCAGUGAAUCAGUUGAACCGGUUCGGUCAGAAUGAUUCUCAACACAAUCUCAGUGCUUUUUAUUUGUAAACUGCUGUUUGUCACUGCUCGGGUCAGUUUACAAAUAUACCGGGAAUGUGUUUAUGUCAUGAUUGUAUGACAGUUUAUCAACACGAAUACGAAUUAUUCAGUGUUUAUUGUAAUUGUAAGCGUACCAAUUCAUGUGUUAUCCAAAUUCAUUUCGUAAAAACGUAAGUCAUGGAAAGAAACUAAGUAUAACUUGAAUAAACACCCUUGUUAAUAAAACCUAAUCAAAAUACGUGAUCAUAAAUGACUUUAAUUGGUCAUUUUAGAGGGUGUGAUAAGCUGAGGCCAUGAAGUAUUGUUGUAAUAAUUGCUGAAUUGUUUGUUUGAUCCGAUUCUUUGAAACAAACCGCUUAAAAGAACCGACUCGCUGAAAUGAAUCAGACUCGUGAGUGAGGAACACAAUCGACAUCAUCCAAAGGCGCCUAAAGAGUGGCGUAAAUGGCACGCGACGCGUUCUCGCGAUGUUUGAAAACACGCAUGUCUACUGUUGAAAUCUUGGUUGAAACAAAGAUCAGCUGAAUCUUUUACAACCGUUUAAUAUUUGUACAACCAUCCUUGAUUUACUACACAGGCGGAACAUCACCGUGUGCCCAAAAGGGGCUACUAUUCAACAUGUACCACAACAGCUCACAGAAGAAAUUCUGGACUUAUGAUAAAGAGGAAACUUUAGAUAAAUUAAGACAUGAAGCUAAUCGGAAGUUCUGCUCAAAAGCCCUAUCCAGUGCUAAGCCUGGAAUAAAUGAAUCCAUGUUUCUUGAUGGACGGGAAGAGAAAGUGCUUUUCAGACACUACGAGAAGAGAUUGUUAGACUUCUGUGCCAUGUUCAAGCCUGCGAUGCCCAAAUCUGUUGUGGGAACAGCUUGUAUGUAUUUUCGAAGAUUCUAUUUGAACAACUCUUUAAUGGAGUACCACCCUCGGACAAUAAUGCUGACAUGCGCGUAUCUCUCCUGUAAAGUGGAUGAGUUUAAUGUGUCCAGCACUCAGUUUGUGGGGAACCUUCAGGACAGCCCAGCGGGACAGGAGAGGGCUCUAGAACAGAUUCUGGAGUAUGAGCUGCUCCUUAUCCAGCAGCUAAAUUUUCAUCUGGUUGUUCACAAUCCGUAUCGGCCCUUGGAGGGUUUUCUGAUUGACCUGAAGACCAGAUACCCAUUGUUAGAGAACCCAGAGAUGCUGAGAAAAAGUGCCGAAGACUUUCUCAACAGAGCAGCAAUGACAGAUGCCGGACUCCUCUUCUCUCCGUCUCAGAUCGCCCUCACCGCCAUCCUCAACAGUGCUGCACGCGCUGGCCUGAAGAUCGAGGCAUAUUUAACUGAGUGCAUGGGGCUUAAAGAGGAUAAAGAGACCCUCUCUAAGAUGUAUGAGUCAAUGAGACGAAUAACAAGUCUAGUUAAAGCAUACGAGUUUCCCAAAGCUGAGGAAGUUGAUGCCUGCAAACAGAAACUGGAAAGGAUUCAUGCUGAAUUUGCUACAACUUGUGAGUAUUUGAAAAGAAAACAUGGAUAUGAAGAUGACGAUCACGUUGUGAAAAGGCAGAUGGUUGCUGAGGAAGAAUGGACUGAUGAAGAUUUGGAUGCAUUGUGACGAUGGAAUUUUUAAAUCAGCAACAUCCCCAUCAUUUCAUGAACGGGUUGAGCGAUUCCAUUUGACACUUGUCAUCACUAACAGAGGACACAUUUCUCAAACUAGAAUGUAAAUAUUUCAGUAAAAUGUCAUGCAAGUCUUUUACUUCUGUUAAAAUAAAAUAUUUUUUUUAUUCCCAUAA